GACCGACAUCUCUUUGCAUUGUCACUAGGGCUCAAGGCACAGUGAACAAGGGAUUUAUUUAUACGGUUCAUUUCCCACGAACAGGACUCCAAGCCUCCUCCCUUACCCAAAUCAUUGCAGACAAAAUCGCAGAAAGAUAGCUGCCCCAUCUUGCCAGGUGUAACCAGGAGGUUUUCCUCAUCAGUCCUCUGAUUCCUACCAUCGUGUUCAGAAGUGGUUAAGUCCAUCAGCAACUCAUCAGUGUCUAGUUGUCAUGGCAGACAGUCGGCAGCCCGAGGACAACAGCUCCUCUCACUGGGCUCCUCCCACUAACGGAGCCCAGGACCAGUCAGCUGCCCUCGCUGGCCACGGAGAGAACGGCUUCUCCUCUUACAGAGAGAACGGCUAUCACGGAGGACAUGCUGCAACAGCAGUGGAGGACUCUGCCAACCUGCCUCCCUCCCCUCCCCCCUCUCCGUCGGCAGAGCAGAUCGGACCCAUGGAGCAAGAGGAGAGACUAGAGGUUGUCCCUACUCCCCCUGAGGAGGAGGAGGAGGAGGAGCAGGAGGUGGAGGUUACCCAAGUCUCAGCAGCUCCUGAGGAGGAGUACCCAGGUCAACAGGGGGAGGAUUCUGAUCAGCAGCCCACAGACAUUCUCUUAGAGCAUGUUGAUAUUGUAAGCGAGCCCCAGGCUUUGCCCUGUCCGCAGGCCGAGACUCAUAAAGUCCUCAACGGGGGAGGAAUCCACCAGGCUGAGUUGGAUAAACCAUCAGAGGAAGCCGUGGAGGACCGGCAGCCUCUUAAUGUGGCCCACCAAUCCCGGGAAAGGACCUCUGAGGGUACCUACCGGACCCCAGAAAAGAGGUCCUCUCUGCCCAGGCCUGCAUCCUCCCUGCCCCGCCGUGCCCCCCCAGCGGAGCACGACAACACCAGCCCUGCCCCCCGCAGGCCCACCUCAAUUCAAACUGAGCCCAGAGGGGAGCACAGGUCUGGGAGGUCCCCUAGUAUCGCAGUCGGCACAAACUCGUCGGCCCGUUCCCGUUCGGCCCGGAGCGGAGCCUCCACGCCCCACACCCCCGGCUCCACAGCUGUCACCCCAGGAACACCACCCAGCUACUCUUGCCGCACCCCUGGGAGUCGCACCCCCGGCAGCCACACACCCAAGUCUCUCAGCCUCCUCACUCAGGAGAAGAAGUUUGCUGUGAUCCGCACACCGCCCAAGUCGCCCUCCACCACACCCAAGCAGCUGCGCGUCCUCAACCAGCCCCUGCCCGACCUGAAGAACAUCAAGUCCAAGAUCGGCUCCACAGACAACAUGAAGUACCAGCCCAAAGGUGGACAGGUCUUCAUUCCAAGUGUUAAACUGGACUUUAGCCAUGUCCAGUCUAAGUGUGGCUCCCUGGACAAAAUCCAGUACGCACCCACCGGGGGAAACGUCCACAUCACCACCAAGAAGAUAGACCUGAGCCACAUCACCUCUAAAUGUGGAUCAAUGUCCAACAUCCGUCACCGGCCAGGGGGUGGUAACGUGCGUAUUGAGAGUGUGAAGCUGGACUUCAAGGACAAGGCCGAGGCCAAAGUGGGCUCACUGGCCAACGCCAGUCACACCCCUGGGGGAGGACAAAUCAUGAUCGAGAGCCACAAGCUGACGUUCCGUGACACGGCCAAGGCGCGCGUGGACCACGGGGCAGACGUUAUCACCCUGUCCCCAGGUGGCACGGGGGGCACAUCCCCCCACCGUCUCAGCAACGUGUCAUCCACGGGCAGCCUCAACCUCCUGGACUGCCCCCAGCUGUCCACGCUGGCCCAGGACGUCACCAUGGCCCUGGCCAAGCAAGGCUUAUGAGCCUCCUGCCUCCUCCAUCGCCCCUGGUUCCUGGUCCUCCAUCUCUCCCUGGACCUCCUGGAUCCCUUGGACCCCCUGGUCUUAACAUCCCCCUUUAACAUUUCUCCGUCGGCCCUCCACUGCAACAACCCGUCCCCCAAGAUAAGAAACCAGACGACUGUGAUCAGAGUAUCAGAGUCCAUCCUCCAUCAUUCCACUCCCCCUCUCGCUCCUCCAUAGGAAAACAUGCUAUUUAAACUACCACCACCAGGGGGAUUUUAAUGACUGACUCUAGGAUGUAUGUUCUUCUUCUUUCUGUUCUAAGGGAUGUGCCCGACUCUGCUAGGGUGUGUUGUGUUGUUCUUUUGGCUUCUUUUCAUUCCAUGUUGAACUUUCUUUGGGACAGUACUGUAGAUGGCCAGUGUGCUAACUAGCUAAGGCAUUGAAACAGGUACAGGGAUAGUGUUGAUAGGGUAUUAUCGGUUAUCUAAGACUUUACAGUGAUUCUUAUUGUGUGGCAAUGAUCUCAAAGACAUUCCAUUUAGCCUAGGAUAUUAAGCGGCCCAGCCUGGUUUCAUUCCCAACAUACACUAUAUAUACAAAAGUAUGUGGACACCCCUUCAAGUUAGUGGAUUCGGCUAUUUCAGCCAUACCCAUUGCUGACAGGUGUAUAAAAUU